UCACAGGUUCCUCUUCUUUUUCACUUGGCCAAGUCUGAAGAAGCAAGCAACAUUAGCAGCUGAAGCAAAAGCUCAAUCCCUUGCGUUAAUGGUGGAUUGCCAGAUUUAAUUCGAUUUUGGAAACAACUUAUCGAUCCCCCAAUCCGCUGUGAACAGAUCGAGGGCGUGGCCUGUUUGAUUUGAACUGAAUUUCGGAUUGAAGGAUCUCAUUUUCUUGGAGCAUUAAAGCAGAAAUUUCUAGUAUUGUGUACAUGGUUCUCUUUAUGAUACAGUGUAGAAUAAUUGAAUAUGAUAUUAAGAGUGAGUCAGUCUACAGCGCUAUGGGGUUUCCAGCAGCAGCGGUGGCCGAAUGACCAAACACCUUUCUUAACCUCAAAUUUCAACAGAAGACAAGUCAUAAUAUGCGGCCUCCGUUCCAGCUACAAAGCGCGGCGUCGCACAAGGAUAUUGUCGAAAGAGAGCAUAGAAGUGAUUCACGCACUCAAACUCGCCAGAUCCCCCGACCACGUUCUCAAUGCCAAACUCUCUCGCCUCUUGAAACCCGAUGCCUUAAACCUAUUGGACGAAUUGCAAAGACAAAACCAACUCCACUUAUCUCUCAAGGUUUUCCACUUUAUUCGUGAGGAGCUAGGGCAUGAUACGCUGCUGCAACUAUACGCCGACAUGAUACUGCUCCUCGGGAGAAACAAGAGGAUUGACAUGGCAGAGGAAUUGUUUUCUGAAGCUUUGGAGAAGGGACUGAAACCGGACACAAGACUGUGCAGUGAAAUGAUUGGGGCUUAUUUGCAACUUGGGAUGGCGGACAAGGCUAUGCAGAUAUACGCAUCCAUGAAGGAAGAUUGGGCUUGUUCUUCUUCCCCCGAUAAGUUCACUUUCACCAUAUUGAUCAGAUAUCUACAAAAAAACGGACAACAUGAGCUUGCGGAAACUCUCAAACAAGAUUGUCUUCACUAUGUGGACUCCCCUGAUAAAUUCCUUCAGCAACUCCAACAAAAGCAAGCCAGAACGAGACAUGUCGAUUUCGUAUGAAAUUUUCUAUCAGCGAGCAGUUCACAGUGGCGGUUGUUGCAACAAUCCUGGAAAUUUACAGCAGCAAGCAAACAGUCUUGUUUAGAUUGUUUGUGGGUGGUGCCACCAUAUAUUUGAUUUUGAUAUUGAUUUCGGUAUGGUAGAAAAGUAUACUAGUGCUGCUGGCUUCUUCUCAUGUUACUAAACAUUGUUACUCUUAGCAUAUGAACCAUGCUGUUGUAAUGAAAAUACUUACUGUGUUGCAUACAUUGCUCAUCUCGCAUCACAUCGCCACAAACCUACUUGCUGCAGUACCAACUUCAGUGAGAAUUUUUACAGUGAAA